AUGCUUUAUGACACGUGUGUGUGCGUGUGCGUGCGUGCCUGUGCGGGCGUGCCUGUGCGGGCGUGCCUGUGCGGGCGUGCCUGCGUGCGCGUGCCUGUGGGCGCGUGCCUGUGUGCGCGUGCCUGUGCCUGUGUGCGCGUGCCUGUGUGGGCGUGCCUCUGUGCCUGUGUGCGCGUGCCUGUGUGCCUGUGUGAGCGUGCCUGUGUGCGCGUGCCUGUGUGGGCGUGCCUGUGUGCCUGUGUGCACGUGCCUGUGUGGGCAUGCCUGUGUGCCUGUGGCGCAUGCCUGUGUUUAGCGUGCCUGUGUGCCUAUGUGCGCGUGCCUGUGUGGGCGUGCCUGUGUGCGCGUGCCUGUGUGCGCGCGUGCCUGUGUGGGGGUGCCUGUGUGGGCGUGCCUGUGUGGGCGUGCCUGUGUGCGCGUGCCUGUGUGGGCGUGCCUGUGUGGGCGUGCCUGUGUGUCUGUGUGCGCGUGCCUGUGUGCCUGUGUGCGCGUGCCUGUGUGGGCGUGCCUGUGUGCCUGUGUGCGCGUGCAUGUGUGCGCGUGCCUGUGUGCCUGUGUGCGCGUGCCUAUGUGCCUGCGUGGGCGUGCCUGUGUGCGCGUGCCUGUGUGGGCGUGCCUGUGUGCGCGUGCCUGUGUGGGCGUGCCUGUGUGCGCAUGCCUGUGUGCCUGUGUUCCUGUGUGGGUGUGCCUGUGUGA